GCUGCCACUGUACUUAUGUAACUUCUGACUGGUCUGUAAAUUACUUUCUAACUUUGGCUUCUCAAUCAAGGUUCUGUCUACAGGCAUUGAGGACAAGGCCUGAUGAGACUCAAGAGUACCGUAUGAUUGAUGCAAGAUGUAUAAUUCUGGUAAUUGUUCCUUUGGGGUUGAUAUUGGUCAUGAUUUGUUCAGUCAUUCUGCUGGAUUUUAGUACAUUUCUGGAGGAGAGGUGAUUCCAAGUUGAAUGAGUUAUUUCACACUGCAACUGUUCAGAAUAUAUGCCCAGAUGACUUUGUGUAAACAGUUGUAGUAAUUUGUCUCCAUUAAGAGACACAUAAGGUCACCAAAGAUAUUUAGACCUUGGGAGAUGUACAUGUACAGUGCAGCAGUUUUCAGUGCUUCUGUAGAUACAGGCACAAAUGAAAUGAAGAUACUGGAUGUGGCUGAAAAUACCCCCCUUGAGUGGUGCCAUUGAUUGACUUUUUAGCCGCUGAAGCUUUUUUCACCUUCGCAAAUGGUUAUGUGUAAAUGGCCCCAUUGACUGUGACUGCGGGCUCUGUGUUGCAUGACCACAGCACUAAAAAUAAUUGUUCUGCUCAAGGGUGGGUGGGCUUGUGGGGGCUGGUGAAUCCCCUCCCCACACAGUACCCAGGAGGUGGCCUUCCUUCCUGAAUAGACAGGAAGUCCCAGCUCCUCUGGGUUGCUAAUGUCCAGAGCAAGGCAGGGCAUGUAAUCAAGCUUGUCAGCAACAGCCCCUCCCAUGGCUCCCCAAGUCUCUUCUCUAUACCCUGUAUCGCCGUUGAGCAGGCAUCCGGGCGAUCACAUUCCUCAGCCAGCAGUAAAAGUCCUGAGCACACCAUAGAGGGAAGUCACUAGCUCUCUGCCGGCCUUCUGCUACCCAGGGCAGCGCUGCCAUUCGAUUAAGUGCCUCACUAUUUUGAAUACAGGACGCAUCUGCUGAAAUGGGCAAGGAGUUGCAAAAAAGGCUUCAAUGUGGUUUGUUUGCAGAUCCCUCAACGAUUUUUCUUUUGUCACUAGCAUUUAGUCUUUGAGUAAUUGAAAAUUGGUCAAACAAAUUGUUUACAUAUUUAUCUGUAAACCCAGGGGCUCUGCCAGGUUGGCCUGUAUUUCCCCAUUCUUCCCUGCAGUACUGCUUGAGCUGGCUGUGUUGAAUGGGCCCCAUCCAGCUUGCAAGCCCACUGGGUGGAGGAAGAGGCAGAGGCAGGCUGAGCGAUGGUGUUAGCAGUCAUGCUCUGCUCCCAUGGUCCAGCUGCACCCCUCAGGAAAUGAGUCAUCGCAGAGCAAGAAAACUGCCGGGCAAUCAGUUCUCAGGAGUGACAAGGGCCAGGCUGAGGAGGAGUACCCGGCGGUGAUUGUGGAGCCUGUGCCUAGCACCCGUCUGGAGCAGUGCUUUGCUGCGCAGGUGCUGGUGUAUGAUGACGAGACUUACCUGAUGCAGGAUGUGGCUGAGGAGCAGGAGGUGGAGACCGAGGUGGUUGAGACAGUGGAAGCGUCGGUCCAGGGCAGCAAUGUGCACUGUUCAGACAAGACAAUUGAGGCAGCAGAAGCACUGCUGCACAUGGACUCUCCCACCAGUCUGAAGGGGGACCGAAGUCCAGAGGUUUUUGUUCCACCCUGUGCGAACACACCAGAGUUCAUCCAUGCUGCCAUGCGGCCAGACGUAAUCACAGAAACCGUGGUGGAGGUCUCAACGGAGGACAGCGAGCCCAUGGAACUGUGCACGGUGCUGGACGAGCCUCUGAGUGAGCCCUCCAAGAAGAAGAGAGCAGGGCGAAAACCAAAGAUGCACCAGCCAGCAGUUUCAAAUGGCUCACCUGAUUUGGGGAUCAAGAAGAAACCCAGAGAGGGCAAGGGCAACACCACAUACUUGUGGGAGUUCCUGCUAGAUCUCCUUCAGGACAAGAAUACCUGUCCCAGGUAUAUCAAGUGGACACAGAGAGAGAAGGGCAUCUUCAAGCUUGUCGACUCCAAAGCAGUAUCCAAACUGUGGGGAAAACACAAGAACAAACCUGACAUGAAUUAUGAGACCAUGGGCCGCGCCCUGAGAUAUUAUUACCAAAGAGGUAUCUUGUCUAAGGUGGAAGGACAGCGCCUGGUCUAUCAGUUCAAAGACAUGCCUAAGAACAUUGUGGUGAUCGAUGAUGACAAGUCGGACCCCAGCACUGAGAAGGCAUGUGAGCGUGUUCCUCCCUCGUCAGAAACUCUUCUGACGGCGGCCGAGCUGGCCAAGGCCCCCGGCACCCUGCGCAGCAGCAGCCGUCCCCCUGUACAUGCCACUCUUCCCAAGGGAAGGGGCUCAGCGCAAUCUGCAGCCUCCGUGCCCCAGGUGGUGGCGAUCACGGGUGCUACAGAAGCUUCCCAGGGCCAGCAGCAGUCCCAGGGCACCAUCAUCCCUGCAGCCUCUGGCGCCAGAACAGUGCGGGUGGCCAUGCAAGUUCCCGUCGUGAUGACUACAUCGUUGGGCCAGAAAAUCUCCACGGUGGCGGUACAAUCCACUGGCUCGCCCGUCCUCACCAACACCUCUGGGGGAGCAACGCCCAAAGUUGUUCUCCAGACCAUCCCCACUGUGAUGCCUGCUGUGGCUGAGAAUGGUGAAAAAAUCACUGUGCAACUGGCAAAGAUCAUCACCAUCCCUGCUGCACAGCUGGCACAAUGCCAGCUGCAGGGAAAGUCUGCCUUGAGUAGUACUUCUGGCAUCAACCUGGUGGGGGCGCCUAUGGCUGUGCGAACGCUCACCCCCGUUUCUGUGGCCCCGGGGGCCCAGGUAGUGAGGCUGGCAAUACCUGCACAGUCGCAGCAGCAGGCCUGCGGCAGCCAGGUGGCACAGCUCGUGAGCGCCAUUGUGAGACAACCCGAGGUGGCACAGGACAGCGGCGGCCAGAUGGUGGUCAGGACACAGGAGGAGCAGGAGAGUAAGACUGUGGAAGGACCAGAGGCAGUGGUCAUAGAAGUAAGAAAGGAGGUGAAGGAGGAGCCGCUGGACAGCUGAGGGAGGAGAGACAGUGGUGUCUCAGCCAGACUCUGGCACUCAUGCAGCUGGGGAGGGAGUCCCCCCUACCUCGUGAGUGAGGCCAACUGUACAUUUGCUUCACGUUUCAACUGUUCAUUUUGUAUAUUACAGUCAGAGUGACUAUAAAGACUUGACAAGACCUCCUUUUUUAACUUGUGUAUCAGUGUGAAGUAAGAGCCUGCAGGCAACUCCACUUCGAUGAGCGCAAGGGACCAAGGCCAACACUACCGUUUUACUGACACUACAUGUACAGAACACUAGAGCAGAUUUAAUCCACAUGGUCUUAAGUAAAAAGUUCCUUUGUAUAGAGAAAUUUUUGUAUUAAUGAAAACCAGCAAUUUGACUAUCACUGUGUGCACAUUGUUCAAUUUCUUGGUGCUAGGUGGGUCUUUAAGAAAACCCUCUGAAGGGUUGAAGAGCUGUUACUGGACAGCAGGAAGCAUAAGGGAUGUUGUAUAUAUCUGCUAUACAAUUUGACAUUUUGAGUAAGCAGCCUUAGCUUUAUCUUUCUCCAUCUUUUAAGUAAAUGAGCUAAAUGCUUUUUGUGUACAUUUUGAUAUACCAAGCACAGUAUUACGCUGACCUGAGGAAACAAGUUGGAUGGUAGUCUCAUGCUCCUGUUGGGAUCUAAAUUCCAACAGACCUUGCUGUAGUUUGCCUGCUGUGUCACCUUGGUGACAGACAUUUUGUUUUCCUAGCCUUUCUGCCAGUAAAAAAAAAAAAACUGCAGCAUGAAUAUGUGCAGCUCCUGCAGCUCUAUGCUUUUUUUUAGUCGAGGAAGAGAGAUGGUCGUGUUCAGACUGAACUAGUUUGUAUAUUCAACAUUUGAAGUAUAUUCUAUUUUGUUGUACUCUUGUUUCAAAGUGUAUUCAAGUAGAUUUUACUGAGAAAUUAAAGGAUUUUGUCUUCAG